AUGGUGGUGAAGCUCUCGAACGCGGAGAAGAAGGUCCGCUACGACAAGAGGUUGUGCUCGCUUCUGGACGAGCACAGGAAGGUCCUAAUCACCGUGGGCAAGAACACCCUCAUCCGCCGCUUCAUCCGCUUCCACACCGAGAAGACCGGCAACAAGGACUUCCUCAACCUCCUCCCCCUUCUCGUCGGGAAUGUGAGAUUGAUAUUCACAAAGGGCGAUCUUAAGGAAGUUAGCGAGGAGAUUGCCAAGUACAAGGUGUUGAAUAUAAUAAAUGUGAUUUUUUGA